GAUCGCCCUCUACCGCGUUCCUGCCUCUCCUUUCCCCACGAAAACUACUUUCUACACCCUAACAGUUCUAUCAAGAUGGCCAAGGGAAAGCGUUUCGCUGAUGCCAAGGGCAGCCAGAAGCGCCAGAAGAAGGUGCUCCGCGACAACAUCCGCGGCAUCACCCGCGGCUCCAUCCGCCGUAUGGCCCGCCGUGGUGGCGUGAAGCGCAUCUCGAGUGAGAUCUACGAGGAGGUGCGCCGCGUGCUGAAGGCCUACGUCGAGGACGUCGUGCGCUCCAGCACCGCGUACACCGAGUAUGCACGCAAGAAGACGGUGACGGCGUCGGACGUCGUGAACGCGCUGCGCAAGCGCGGCCACAUCCUGUACGGCUACGCGUAA